GACUAAAGCCCUCCACCAGCACCAGCGCCCUCGGCCGUGACGUGCUCCGCCAUGGCGCCCUCGACCUUGGCGAAAGUCCUGUGGAUCAACCUGGAUCGCCGUGAGGAUCGGGCCGAAGCGCAGCUCAGGAGACUGGAAGCGGCCGGACUGGAGGACUUCAGCGAGCGCUUCGGCGCGGUGGACGGCGCCGAGCUGGACUUCGCCACGGUGCCGGAGGACGUGCUGACGGCGGCGGGCCGGCACCAGGCCGAGCACCCGCCGGACUUUGUGCUUGGCCGCGUCCUAACCCCUGGCGCGAUAGGCCUGUGGCUGAGUUGGUACGAGGUCAUGUGCCGCAUCAUUGAAGAGGCUUCACCUGACGAAUGCUUUCUGGUGGUGGAGGAUGAUGCAGAAUACAUGGAUGGCUUCGGCCCCGCGAUCUUCCGUUUGCUGGAGGCACUGGACAGCUACGAUGCGAGCUGGCACGCCUGCGCGGUGGGCUUUAUUCGUUCGAAGAGCCGAUCGCAGGAGCUGUGCUGGGGCGAUCGCCCACCACGCGCCAAUGAGACAGACCACGUGCUGCGUGCGCCCACAAAGCUUUGUGGUGCUACGGCGAUUUUGGUCCAUGGCCCUUCCGGUGCGGAGGAGAUGCUGGGGAACUUAUUCCCAGUGGAUUUCGACCAACAGUUCGACCUGAAGAUCACUCUCACCCUCCAUGACCCUCGCUCGACGCUGCGCUUCUACUGCGCGGCCACGCCGCUGUGCACCGCGCCCUUAAGCGAAGCUGGCGACAGCGACAUCCAACGGAUUCCUCCGGAGAAGCAGCUGCAGCUGAGGCACGAGGCGGCCGAGCGUCACCAAAUGGGCGACUUACUGUCGACACGGCCGAGCGAGCAAGCCACGAACCGGAGGGCCUCCACUGUUCUGGCUCCCUCUAGGGCGGCUCCAUCCGCCAGCCCGGCACGAGGUGGCUGUUCUGCGGUGCAGCUGGAGUGGUGCUGCCUUUGCCAGCGGCCUCCCCUCACGGCCUGGCCCCGUGGGGGGGCCCGACCUCGGCGUGAACACGCCGGGGUGGCGGAGCACUCGGGGGGCCUUGGAGAUCAAUCCGGGCAGGACACUGCUGGCGAUUCCGGAAAGACCCACCAUGAACUGACGGAAGAAGAGCUAGCCUUGCAAGAGCUACGGGCCUUGGACAAAGGCAUGCCCGAGCUGCGACGGCUGCAUGGCGAGCUUGCAGGCAAGACCCAGCAGUUGAGGUCCAGGCCCUCAAACUUGAAGCAAGUGGAGAAGGAG